UGAAAAACAUACAAACAACACAAAAUCUUCACUUCAAAUUAAUUCAUUCAGUUUAUAACUUAUCUUUUCAUAGAAAAUGGACUCACAAAAGAUGAGCUACAAUGCAGGACAAGCCAAGGGACAAGCCCAGGAAAAGGCAAGCAACAUGAUGGACAAGGCUGGUGAUGCUGCUCAGUCAGCUAAAGAAUCUGCACAAGAGGCUGGACAGCAAAUGAAGGCUAAAGCACAAGGAGCUGCUGAUGCUGUGAAGAAUGCAACAGGGAUGAACUAAUUGCAAUUAAUGGAUUAUUAUGCAAGAUUAAUUUAUUUUCCCUUUAAUAAAACUUGCUCAGCUGAUUAAUUUAUUUUGCAAGAGUGUUUUUAUUUUCAAAUGUAAUAAUUUUACAUUUUCAUUAAUGAGUAGAUUAAUGUUUCAAAUUUGAAUGACUCUAAUGCUACAUACAAAUUUAUUACAA